GAGUUCUGACAGUUCUUUUGAAAUGGUCUCGAUAACCAGAUGCGAUGGAAGUGAAAUCACAGAAUCUCAGGAUGCUGUAAGAAAAAUUGUCAGUGGAAUAAAUACCGUUUAUGGAAUAGUGUAUGCUAUGCCAGAUUUCAUAGACAUAGACCCUGGGCUUCCUUAUUGCUCCUACGAUUACAAUGCAAGCGUAUUUGGUGAGUUUUUUCAAUGUGAACGAGACGAGAUAAUCAUACCAGAGUCGAUGAUUUGUAUUUAUGCCGUAGAUGCCAGCGGUUACAUGACAGGGUGUAGAUCUGGAGACCAUUUACAAAAUUGUGAAAAAUUUCUGUGUCCUGAAAAUACAGUGAAAUGUCCUGGAAGUUACUGUAUUGAGCAGAGAUUUCUAUGUGAUGGGCAUAAAGAAUGUCCUGGAGGAGAAGACGAACAAGAUUGUACAUGUACAAACUCGGAUAAAGAAGUAAUCUUAUUUGUGGAAGAUACAGACUCUGAGAGUAAAGAAACAGCAAUGCAUUUAGCUAAACAGUUUUUUACAAGCACUGAAAAAAGUAUCGUAAGAUUGUUUUAUUUUAAGAAUCG